UCGUGCACGCCUAUUACUCCCCACUCAACAAUAAAUUACAACUGUCUGUGAAAAGCUAUCUGCGAAAGCCUUGUCGCAAGAGCAUGCAGAGCCCUUAAGACAACUGGUAAAUCACAUAAUAAGAACAGUAGUUCAUAUAUUCAUGGAAAACGCACAAUCGAUGGCAUUAUUAAGUCUACAGGCGGGGGAAUGGGGAGGUUUAUCACACGACAGAACAGUCAGAAGACAUCAGACGAUAUUGUUGACAAGGUCGAGGUCAUUGACUUGUCGUCUGCAACAGCUGCCUUACAGUUGCCAGCUGUGUGAGGACAUGAAAACCGAGACAUCCAUGGAUGGAGAGACCUCAGAAGCCUGUGUGAAGAAAGAGGAGACGCUGGAGCUGAAUAUCUACAGCUAUGGAGACGAUCUCGACAACCCACCUGAAGGUCUCUCUGUUAAAGUGGAAGAUCCUGAUGAUAAAGACUAUCUCUACUGUGAAGUUUGCAAAUCCUUCUUCCUCAACAAAUGCGAGGUUCAUGGACCACCCCUCUUCAUCCCCGAUACUCCUGUUCCCAUGGGAGUCCCUGACCGAGCCAGACAAACACUUCCUCCUGGGCUAGAAAUCCAGAAGUCCAGUAUUCCUGAUGCAGGCCUAGGAGUGUUUAAUAAGGGGGAGACUGUUCCAGUAGGUGCACACUUCGGCCCCUGCCAGGGAGAGCUGGUGAACCGAGAGGAAGCCAAGAACAGUGGAGACUCCUCGGUUGUUUACAGGAGCAUGCAGUGUGAAGAAUACAUCGAUGCCAAAAGAGAGACGCAUGUGAAUUGGAUGAGGUAUGUGAAUUGUGCCCGUAAUGAAGAAGAACAGAAUCUUGUGGCAUUUGAGUAUCAAGGGGGAAUUCUGUAUCGUUGCUGUCGAUCCAUUAACCCAGGACAGGAGCUCUUGGUGUGGUAUGAAGAGGAGUACACCAAAGAACUCAGUCCUGCACCUACAGGAACAACCAGACAGCAAGAACCUUGAAUGUGAGU